AUGGCAGCUCAAGCUGUUCCCAACUACUACAGUCAAGUAAAACCUGAAAAUCUUCAGAACUUUCAAACUAUAACCUCCAAGCUAGAGUUAUGCAGCUCACUUCAACAAGCCAAGCAAAUUCACGCUUGCAUCAUCCGAAACGACCUGCCAGUAGAAAUCUAUGCAAAACUUUUACAGUUCUGUACUUCAUCUUCUUCCUCUGCUGAUGCCCUUAACUAUGCUACUCAAGUUUUCGAUAAUCUUCAACAUGAACCAACCAUUUUUAUAUAUAAUACCAUGAUUAGAUUCUAUGCUAAUAAUAACUCACCGGGGCGAGCUUUUUCACUCUACAGACAGAUGAGAGAAAGAGGAACACAACCCAACAAUUACACCUUCACCUUCCUCGUCAAAGCUUGUACUGUUAACGACUCUUUACUUGGUCCUGCAAUUCAUGCCCAGAGCAUUGUUUAUGGGAUUCAAGAGACAGACGUGCACGUCUACACUUCACUGCUUAACAUGUAUGCCAAUGCCACUACUAGAGAAGGGAAUUUAGCAAUUGCCAGGAGCUUAUUUGACAGGAUGAAGAAUAAAACUGCAGCGACUUGGAAUUCCAUGAUAGCUGGGUAUUCAAGGACGGGGAAGAUUGAUACUGCGAGAGAGCUCUUUGAUCAGAUGCUUGAGAAAGAUGAACAUUCUUGGAAUGUUAUGGUUUGUGGGUACACCAGAACUGGAGACUUUGAUGUUGCAGAAAGAUUGUUCAAUCAGAUGCCAAAAAAGACUCUGCCAACAUGGAAUGCCAUGAUUGCAGGAUAUGUCAGAGCUUCAAAGCCAACUGAAGCCCUAGCUCUCUUUCGGAAAAUGCAGAUCGCUGGUGUUAGACCAGAUGCAAUCACAGUAGUCACAGUACUUCCAGCUUGUGCUCUUAUGGGUGCUACAGAUUUAGGAGAAUGGAUCCACAUGUUUGUCAAAAGAAACAAAUUUGAUCAUAACAUAUCAGUCUGCAACGCCAUAAUAGAUAUGUACGCGAAGUGCGGUUCUAUAGAUAAGGCAUUUGAUGUUUUCAAGGGAAUGAGAGAGUUGAGUUUAGUGUCCUGGAACACAAUGAUAUCUGCGUUAGCAAUCCAUGGAUGUGGUAAAGAAGCUAUUGAGCUGUUUACAGAGAUGGAAGACGGAAGAAUAGUACCUGAUGACAUAACAUUUGUGGGAUUACUAAAUGCAUGUGCCCACACUAGGCUUGUUGACAGUGCAAAAUUUUACUUUAACAAAAUGCAAAAUGUUUACGGCAUACCUCCAAAGAUUGAACAUUACGGGUGCAUGGUCGAUGUACUGGGACGAGCACAACUUCUGGAUGAAGCCCUAACACUCGUAGAUCAAAUGCCCAUUGAACCUAAUUCAGUUAUUUUAGGCUCUUUGCUCAAUGCUUGCAGGAUUUGCAGGAACUCCCAAGUAGGUGAAAAAGUUCUGCAGAAACUGGUGCAACUGGAUCCUUCAAAUCCAGGUUAUUAUGUGCUGCUUUCAAAUAUGUAUGCCGCUUCUGGUGAAUGGGAAGAAGUUACCAGGGUGCGGAACUUGAUGAAAUCUCGAGGAGUUGGGAAGAUGCCAGGAUGCAGUUCAAUAGAAGUUGAUAACAUGGUUCACGAAUUUGUUGUUGGAGAUAAGACUCACCCUCAGACCCAAGCAAUAUACACCAAACUUAAUGAGAUUUCCUCGAAGCUGGAAUCUGCUGGUUAUCUGCCUGAUACUUCAAAUGUUUUCUUCGACUUGGAUGAGGAAGAGAAAGCACAGAAUCUUUCAGUACAUAGUGAGAAGCUGGCAGUUGCAUUUGGUCUUCUAAAUACAAGACAUGAUAAGCCAAUUCGAGUGGUGAAAAAUCUCCGUGUUUGCAGAGACUGUCACGCUGCAAUAAAGCUAGUCUCCCAAUUAUACAAUCGAGAAAUCAUUCUCCGAGACUGUAACCGCUUUCAUCACUUCAGAGAUGGUAGUUGUUCUUGUAAUGAGUUCUGGUAA